AAUUUUGAUGGAUAACUAAAUUCACCACCAACACCAACCACCAACCAACCUUAAAAAUCAUUUCAGAAGUGUCGAUAUCUUUAAUUUAGAAUCCUAUUUUGAAAAGUAUAAUGGAACCUUAUGAUUUAGUCGUAAACCAACCUGUUGUGAUUGAUAACGGAUCUGGUGUAAUCAAAGCUGGUUUUGCUGGUGAUCAAGUUCCAAAAUGCUGCUUUCCAAACUAUAUUGGGCGGCCGAAGCAUGUGAGAGUGAUGGCCGGGGCACUGGAAGGGGACUUGUUUGUAGGGCCAAAAGCAGAAGAGCACCGAGGCUUGCUGAGUAUCCGCUACCCCAUGGAGCACGGGGUGGUCACUGACUGGAAUGACAUGGAGAGGAUAUGGAACUACAUCUACAGCAAUGACCAGCUGCAGACCUUCUCUGAGGAACAUCCUGUGCUGCUCACAGAGGCGCCUCUUAACCCUCGCCGCAACCGCGAGAAAGCUGCCGAGAUAUUCUUUGAGUCUUUCAAUGUACCUGCACUUUAUGUGUCGAUGCAAGCAGUACUUAGUCUCUACGCCACUGGAAGAACGACUGGAGUUGUCCUUGAUUCGGGGGAUGGUGUGACUCAUGCUGUACCUAUAUAUGAAGGCUUUGCCAUGCCCCAUAGUAUAAUGCGAGUGGAUAUUGCUGGUAGAGAUGUCUCUAGAUAUUUGAGAUUGCUACUCAGGAAAGAAGGGGUCAACUUCCGUACGACAGCAGAGUUUGAAAUUGUUCGGACAAUCAAAGAAAAGGCUUGUUACCUGUCAAGUAAUCCCCAGAAAGAAGAAACAGCAGAGACAGAAAAAUACCAAUACAUCCUGCCUGAUGGGAGCACUCUAGAUAUUGGGCCUGCUAGAUUUAGAGCCCCUGAAGUGCUUUUUAGGCCAGAUCUCAUAGGGGAAGAAUAUGAAGGCUUGCAUGAGGUCUUACUAUAUGCUAUCCAAAAGUCUGACAUGGAUCUGAGGAAGGUCUUAUUUCAAAAUAUUGUGCUGUCGGGUGGUUCAACAUUAUUUAAGGGUUUUGGAGACAAAUUGCUGUCCGAAGUUAGAAGGUUGGCACCCAAGGAUAUCAAAAUUAGGAUAUCAGCUCCUCAGGAAAGACUUUAUUCUACAUGGAUUGGAGGUUCCAUUCUUGCCUCUCUGGACACAUUCAAGAGGAUGUGGGUCUCCAAGAGAGAGUUUGAUGAAGAAGGUCGCCGAGCUAUUCAUCGGAAAACCUUCUGAACAUUCUUGAUCAAUACGCUUGUAAAUGCACUAAAAAAUUUGGUUAAAAUAUCAAAGCCACAAAUGUUUUGCUUAUAAGAUACGAAGCUUAUUUAUUUUAUUUAUAUAUUAUUGUUGAUUAUUAUUUAUACACCAGUCUAACCGUUAUAAAAAUUUUAACUCGUCUUGAUUUACUAAUAAUUAAUGUCAUCCUUGUUAAUGGAAAUAAAUAAUCACAGUUUAAAGUCAUGUUCAUGCUCCCAUCUGUGUUAAAAUGUGUACACUCAUGCUUACUGCCAGCAUGUAUAGUAACUAUAACAGAGUGUUUGCUCAAGCAACAAGCUUACUGUCAUCAGGUUGCUAGCAUCAGCAGCAAAUGUGUGAAUAUGUUUUCAGCUGCAGUCUUGUGCGUUUACUAUACUUGUGGCCAGCUGAGGAUUAGGUGUCUGUUUGAACAUUUCACACUAAAAAAUCUGCGUCAUUUUUAUUUCUGUCUUCCAUGAUUAGUUUGCAGGUGUUUGAAAUAUUUUAGUUGUUUUCAUUGUUUCAAUACAUUUUAACCGUAAUGUUUUGUACAUCAAGAGCCAAUGACCAAACAAGUGACACCAUCUUCAUUCAUAAAAAAACUUUCAUGCCAAACCAAACCAGUUUGCUGAAAUUCUUUCUGAAAUAAUCAGUCCUGUUUAGUUUAGCACAUACUAUACAGUGUAACUCCCCAAAAACCUGAAUUUGGUUCUUGAUAGUUCUGACAGUUAUUGCCAAAACUUCAAGUACCAUAUUACGAGGGUUGUUCCAAAAGUAAGUUACACUCUUUUAAAAAGGUAAUAAAAAACUCCAGAAAAACUUUGUAAAGGAUAUAUUUUUAAAGAUAUACUCAAAACCUAUUUUUCUACAUAGUUGCCUUGCAUUUUUGGUACCUUGGCAAAAGUUUUUUUAAACCAGCUUCAUACCAAUCUGCCGCCAUACUGUUUAGCCAACUUUCAACUUCUUGCUUUAGAUCUUCGUUGUUUGCAGAGCGUUUUCCCCCAAGGUGUUGCUUCAGCUGUGGAAAGAGAUGAUAGUCGCUUGGUGCGAGGUCAGGGGAAUAAGGCGGAUGUCCAAAAACAUCCCACCGAAACUCUUCAAGCAGGUCUUGUGUUUGUCUGGCAGAAUGUGGGCGAGCGUUGUCGUGGAACAAAAAAACUUUUUUUGUCAACUUCCUUAUUCUUUUGUUCUGUAUUGCCCUUCGUAGGUUUUUUAACACCUCACAAUAACAUUCUGCGGUAAUCGUGGUCCCAUGAGGCAGGUAGUCAAUCAGUAACACGCCCUUUGAAUCCCUAAAGACGGUUGCCAUAACUUUUCCUGCAGAUUGCACGACUUUUGCUUUUUUUGGUGCAGCCUCAUCUUUUGCUUUCCACACCAUACUCUGUUUUUUUUUUUUUGUUUCGGGAGUCCAAUGAUGAAUCCAUGUUUCAUCUCCGGUCACUAUUCGGUCAAAUAAACCAUCCCCUUCAUCAUCGAAAAAUUGCUGAAAUUGCAAUGCUGCAUCAACUCUCUGCUCCUUGUGUUGUUCUGUGAGCAAGCGUGGAACCCAUCUUGCACAGACUUUUGAGAGGCUUAGAUCUUCAGUAAUUAUUUGAUGAAGUGAAGUACGGCUUAUUUCAACAUUUGGAGGCAGUUCAGUAAGGAUGUCAUCAAGUGUAAGGCGGCGAUCAGUGACAAUGACCCUUCAGACGUCUUCGGCAAUGCUCGCAACUCGGGAAGUUGAAGGUCGGCUACUUCUUUGUUCAUCAUGUGUCGUUGUCCGUCCAUCAAUGAAUGAUUGGCGCCAACGAUGAACCAUAGGCCUAGACAUAACGUCAUCACCGUACACACUACAAAGUUCGCGAUGAAUCUCAGUCGCAUUUUUACUUUUAGUGGUCAAAAAACGAAUGACAGCACGUACUUAACAAUCGGCGGCAGGAACCAGUGGUAACUCCAUGACGGCUAGCGCCUGACUGGUGUAGCGAGCCACGCCCAGCCUUGGGCACGUUGCAGUGCUGCCACAACACCCAGACGCUAAUUCCCUGCUACUCCCAGACUUCUCCCUCAUACCGCACGGAUUUUAUAGAAAAGUGUAACUUACUUUUGGAACGACCCUCGUAUGUCAGUAAGUUUUACUUCUCUAUUGUAAAACAUUUUUAAAGGAAUCAUCCACUGUUUGAAGCUAUCCAUUGGUAUAGUAUGUUUAUUGUUUGAACAUGUUGUCACUUAUUUUUAUAGAAGCUUUAAUUCAAAAUACUAACUUAGGUGAGUUAAGAGUUAACAAUUUUCAACCAAUACUUGGAGAAUUUUAGAUAAUUUUCUAUGGCAUCUGUUUGCUCGGAUUUUGUGUUAUCUAGAUCAUCCAUUCCAUUAUUUAGUUAGACCUGAUAGUGUAUAAAUUUUAGGAAAUAAUGAAUUUGAAUUGUUUUAGUGUAAAACUUUUGUCUAUGUUCUUGUUAUAACAGUUUUAAAUAAUAUGUGAUCUUUUAUUUGAGAAAAUAAAACCUGCUUAUUGAGUUUGUUGAUAUUUUGUGCUUGUGUUGAUUAAUCAUAUUAAUUUUAAAAUGUUCUUUAAACAAGUGUAGGCAUACUUUAAAAUACUACAUUACAUAGUAUGAACAUUGGAAUGUGUGAUGUGAAGUUAUACAGGGUGAAGCAGACCACCCGUUCACAUAUGUACUUUUACGGGAGUACGUUUUCACCUAGAAAAGUGAAAUAAAAUUAUUCCCCCAUAAAUCACAUAUGAAGAAUCCAUUUUAAAUAAUUAGAAAAUUAUCUAAGCAUAGGGUGUUCCAGAAAUGAAGGUCACAGGUUCGAAUCUCAAAAUUUCCUUAUGUUAACAUAUAUCAUACUGUAAAUUUUUAGAAAGGUCUUGCUUAGAGAAACAUUUUGGUGGAAACAGAACUUAAUUAUCUGAAUUCAUUUAAAAAUGGUGGCCACUUUUGUGAAUUUUUUACGUAUUUGAUGUAAUACCCUGUUUUUUGAAAUCGCUAAAAAAUUUUCCAUUCUGUUGAAAAUACGUAAUCCUGGUAAACCCAGCUUUACAAUAAUGUGUCAAUUGUAAAUAAUCCCAAAUAAAAUGCAUGUUAUUUGCAUUACCAAACAAUACCAUAUUUUUUUUUUUUGGGGGGGGCUUAUGAAAGUGUUUCAUAAACUGUACAAUCCAACUGUAGUUAGAUAUUAAACUAGAGGAAAUUUAAAAAAACGCUAAAAAGGCAAAGCCCUAGGACAGGACCUUUUUGGUUAUCAUUCGUGACUCCGCAAAAUCAUAAGCUUUACGACACUUCAAUUGUAAAAAUUGUUUGAGUGGGAUGGCUGAUGUGACGUGAAAAAGCACUGAAAAAGGGAUGUAACAGAAAAAAACUCUUAUUGUAUUAAAUAUAAGGUAAAUUAAAACAUUCAGUAUAAAUAUGAGAGUUUUCUACAAACAAGUUUCUCUUGCAUAGAACUAAAAAACGAUUCCAUUGUGUAGCUCAUGACCUCAGACCAGUUAUGAAAUGGUCUAAAGUGGUUUGGGUGUUCCUCAAGUAAUGUUUUUAAUUUUUUAAAUGUAUGAGCUUGUUUGUGUUGUCCUUACAAUAUAUUAACCUUAUUCGAAAUAUUUUUCAUCUCUACAUGAUUGAAAAUCCUCAUCAGUCAUCUUGUUUACAUUAAAUAUAUAUCUUAGUUAGCUGACAAUGUUAAAAUCGUUUGCUGAGGUAUGAUUUUAUCAAUUGUUGUGUUUUUUUGUUUGAAAUGCGUUUUAUUCUUGAUUGUAUGGAUUUCUGAAACUGUAAAAACCUCACAAUUGCACAGUCUUAAUGUUUGUUUAGUUAUUAAUUAUUUAUGAUUAUGGAUUUAUAUUGGUUGUGUACAUAAGUAUAAGAUUAUGGAAAAAAUAGAAUUUUGUAUUUAAAAUAAUGUAACAUUA